AUGGCGCCGCUCCCAUCGGCUGUCGCGAGUCCAGAUGGUGGUUCUUCUGCUACCCCCUCUGAAGCUAUCUCGAGUGAACUUGCACAGACCUCCGCCGUUGACCCACAUGCUGGUCACGACCAUGGAAACACCGGCGUGCCCGUCGUCGCCGUCGUCAUGGUAGCUUUAGGUGCCGCCUUCAUCGUUGCCGCAGUCAUCUUCGCCUUCGUGCUGCGUAAAGGCAGGUCGCCGCCCCCGUCGUCACUGUCAGCGCUCUCCGAGUACCUCAACCAGAAGAGCUCCCAGCCCAACAGUCAAACCACAAGCGCGAGCAGCGGUAGUUCUUACGCCAGCUACCUUGUCGAUUCCAUCAAGCCUCCAGUCGUCGCGCGCCCUCCUCCCCGGCCGCAUCCAUCGAAACCCAAGUCUAACCCUUCACCCCCGAAGCAGCGCCGUCCGUUGCCUAGCUACAUUCCCUACCGUGGCCCGAUCGAACCUCCCUGUCUUCCCUACCCUCGGCUGCCUGAGCGGCCGCUCCCCGCGACGCCCGACGAGAUCGCACGUGAGCUUCAUCUGUGCUUCGGCAUCCGGCAGCUGUACCAGUUGAUGCCUGACUCGGGCUCGACCGACACGAUCCAGCUUCCCUCUGAUUCUUCUCCCGCACAGGUCCAGCCGAGCCUGGCGAGAACCACGUCCGAGGAGCACCCCGAGCUGGCAAUCGUCGGCGACCGGCUGCGUUCGCCUCCAGCCCGCUCAGCGCUGGAGGACCACCCAGAGUCAGCUGUCAUUCUGCACCGCCCCCGCCUCCCGCCAGCCCGACAACAAGAUAGGCUGCAGGACCACCCCGAGUCGGCGGUGUUGUUCGAUGGCUACUCGACGCGAACCGAGUACAUCCCUCGCAACGUCACGGCGACGCUGGACGACCUUCCGCUCCGCGUCGAUGGAAUCCUGAGCGAGUUCAUGCCCCAGUCCCCGCGCUCCAUCACGUCGUUCUUGUCCCGAUCUACGCGCUCGACGCGCUCGACCAGAUCUACCCGAUCCACGCGCUCGACCAGAUCCACCUCGACCGCGAACAGCUCCCACGCACCGUCGGACGCUGUCCCGCCCGUGCCCCGUCUGCCUGAGCAGUACAGCAGUCCCCGCGGUCUGCUGUUCAGCGACCUGGGUCAGCUCGGGCAGCUCGGGCAACUGGGCCAGCUGGGCCGCCUGUCGCUGCGCCGCUCGUCGAUCCAGGACGCCAACACGAGCGUGACGAGUGCGACGAACAGCAAGUCGAGCUACACGAGGCUGUCCGAUCCCGUCGUGUCGCAGUGCGAAGGCUCCUGCUGCGAGGAUCACCCAACAAGCCCCACGACCCCCACGAGCCCCCUCCGGCGCGCAGCCACGGCCAGUGCCAAGGCGGUACGACUGCAAGCCGCGCAGGCCCAGUUCACGUCCUUGCAUGCGCGAGGAUCGACGGGUGGGUCCAACGGCGGGGCACCACUGCUUCCAGACACACGCAGCGCGUGA